CUAUGAUCUGUCGAAAAUCACCAAAAUUAGGUUAGCUCACACAUCACAUAAGUUUUCAAAUUCACCCUUUUAUUUAUUUAAUUUAAUCCGUUAUGCAAAGUUUACGGAAAAAUGGAGCCCCCAAUCAAGCCCGAUGAAUCAGACUGUUGUAAUUCCGGGUGCAGCCCUUGCAUUUUGGACGUCUAUGAAGACCAGCUAAGAAAAUUUAGGGCUGCAAAGUGCAGCUCACAAACCCUCGCUAACUGUCUUUCAUUGACCUCCUACAGUGUAUUUAGGCUUGCUGCUACGAAGGGCCACACUAAAGAUUCGCGGUUUUUCACGUUUCAGUAUAAAGCCUACACUCCUAUUUAUGUGGAAAAUCAAGUUUCAAAUUGCUUCACUGUGCUGGUAAAACUCUAUGAAAAUGGUCGCGCCUCCAACCUGUUCAAGACACUGCGGGUUGGAACUGAAACACUUUGGAGAGGACCUUAUGGGGAUUUUCGGAUAAACUACGAACAGAAACAUAUGCUUUUCAUAGCCCAAGGUACUGGUUUAGCUCCAUUUUACAAUAUACUGAUCAAAAUGUUAAAUAACGAAGACUGCUACUGUUUUCUCACAUUGAUUUUUUGCUGCCAAGAAAAGAACAUUUUGCUCAGGGACGAAUUGUACAAGCUGAAAGAUUAUUGGAAUUUCCAAUGCGAACUGUUCAUAUCGGGGCCAAACAAGCACAGCUUUGACAAAAAAUACAACGAAAUUGUACAUUUUAAUAGAAUUACCGUUGAGGAUAUUCAAAGAUUCAUGGAAUCAGUGAAGGGUAGUUUUAAAGUACUGAUAUGUGGUUCUCAGAGCUUCUGUGAUAAUAUCAAAAAUAUUCUAUUGGAGUGCAAUGUAGCAAAAGAAAAUAUUACAGUGUUUUAAAUUUUCUAUGUUAAGUUUGCAUGUCAGCUUUCCCAGUUCCUUCGCCUAAAUGUACAGGAUUUCAAAUUAAGGAAAUAUACAAAAGAGGACGGUUCAAGCCAUAGUCGGUUGAUGAUCGUGAGCCUUAAAAAUCAACCAAAUUUUUGCGAUCUGAAGGGCCUAAGUCUAGCAAAACUUUUAACGUGCGUGUUUUUCCAUUUCAGUGCGUGGUUUUUCUCCUAAGAAGCUACUCUAUAUGCACAUAUUUAUAGUAUUUUGCUCUUUGAUAAGGAAGAUAUCAUCGGUUGAAAAUCGCUUAAAAUCGUCCAAAAAUACCAAUAAAAUUUUUUCGAUGAACAAUUUCAAUAAAUAAUAAAUAUUAAAAGUUUUUUCAGUAAGCUUUUUUCCUCGUUUUCUCAAAAUGAAUGAAAAUGAUGUAGAAAUCGAGCUAUUUUGAGAGAUUUGAUAUUGUUUGAAAAUAUCGACUUCUACCCCUAGAAAAUUUUCGAUCUGGUAAAAAUUUCCCAUGCGUGUUUUUUUGCGCUCAAUCCAUAGGUUUCGACCUAAGACUUACGCACAUUUAGUGUUUUAAUCUACAAUAAGAACAAUAUUGGCGGUUAAAUAUCGAUUAUUUUUGAUCUGAAGCCGAUAACAAUUUUAUCAAUCAACUCGUUGCAUUCCUCGCUCCUUUCCGAUAAAAAUCGUAUACAAUUUUAGCGACUUGAGCUCACACAUGUGAAAUUGUAAAUAUUCAGGCCCAUGUUUGUAUAAUAACUGUAUAUUACUAAACUUUGUACUUGCGUUAGGUUGAAAGUCGAUAAUCAUGAGAACAGUUUCUGCUAAUUUAGCCUGUUGUUACUACAACCAUCCCAGUUUUCUAAUUAAUUUAAUCUAAAUUUACCCUUGAUAAGUCAAUAUCACAGAUAGUAUUAAAUGGUGACUUUAUCUGCAAAAUACAGCCAUUUGCCUGUAAGGAAGCAAAUAUUCCUGUGACCGCAAUAAAUAAAGAUUCAAUUAUAAAUAAGGUAUUUAAUGUGCCUGAAGUCUUAUAUAUUCACUAUCUCAUAAAAAUGAAAUUUUCAACCAUCUCACUCAUCCUCUACCUAAAGCUAAGCUUUAAAACCGCCUUAAACAACGCCUUGAGAAAAUAAUAGUUAAAAUAUAGUCAAAUAUUCCAAGAAUCGCCUAUUAUUCCUUAAAAAACAUGUAUUGUAGUGGUAACGAAUAAAUACUGAUUUUUUAAGUCUUUUUCAAAAAUAAA